AUGAGCUUCUUCUUCUUCUUUUUUCUAGCAAUUCCGUCGCCACCGGGAUACACAUGGUUCCCUCUCCUCUUUCUUCUCCGUUCACACCUCUCCGGCCUCCUCCUAUCCAACUUCAUUGUUCUCUUUCAAUUCCGGUCUCAAACCCUCUUGACCUCACUCGUCAUCUCCAAAUUGAAACGAAACACAAAGCACAAUAUGUCUAUGAAAAUGAAUAUUGAAGUGUCAUUGAAGCAAGAGAGGGAGAACUCAAAUCGUACUUUCCGGAGUCGCUCCGACGGCUUUUUAAUCACGGUGGCAGAGAGAAUCAGAAUUUACGGACUCCAGUUUGAUUAUUUUUGGUAUGCGACGACCACUGGUGGAAGAGCCACAAGGCAAUAUGACGAAGAUGGUUCUCCUUUAAAACGAAAUGUGGCAAUGUUGUAA